AUGGCCAACGAUAACGCCAAUGAUAUCAAUGUCGGCGUUGCGCUCAGUACUGCUCUACUUCUUCCAAGCGAUCUAGAGCGAAACGCCGAGUUCACCAUUCAGCAUGCUCAUUCCUUCUCAAUUCAGUCUUUUGAGAACCGGGAGAAGUUGGCCGAGAUGAAAAGGGAGUUCUCUUCUCUUCAAAAGACCAAUAAAGGCUUACAGUCAAAAAUGAAGAAGUUGGAAGACCAGGCCGAGGCCGCCAUUAAGGCCCAAACCGAUGCUGAAGAAAAAGCCGAAUUUGCUGAGGCCAUUAGGAGGGUCUCUGAGGCCCAAAAAAGAGAGGCCGAGAAAAAGAUGGAGCAGGCCCAAAAAGAGCUUCAAGAGGCCUUGGCCACGAAAGAAGCCGAAAUCAAGGAUGCCGAUAAGAAGGUAUAUGCUCAAGUCCCAACUCCAACUCUUGCUCAAUCUGGUAGUGAUUCUGAAUCUGAGGAGGAGAUUUCGGUGAGGAAGCCAAAAGAUGUUGCUGGGGUCAAGGCCCCUUCUCAAAAUGAGCAAGUCCCAGACUUGACUCAAGAUAAGGAAGGUGAUGAGAUUCCUGAAGACGCUGCUCCUGAGAAGGCAUCAACCGACGUCACCAUUGCUAAUAAGAGCCUUGACGAAACCUUGCAAGAGAUUGAUAUUGAGCUUGCAGCAGAGAAAGCGGCCGAGGUGACUCCUUAA